CUCAGUGUGUCGCUGGUUUGACCGCCUGAACCCAAAAUGGCCGCCGUUCGAGCUGUGAGAACACUUGCUAGGCAACCGGGUAUGUUUGAGGACUGAGGGGAAACAACUAAGCUAAACAACACGCCAGCUAGCUGUUAAAUCUCUCAUUGCGAAAUGUGUGAAGGAAAAAGUGGCCGAGCAAAACGAGACAAAGCCGUCAGGAAUAUCAACAUUCACCAUUUAUAUUUAACGAAUUUAUAUUUGUUGGCAAAUCAGUGAGAACAUUAUUACAAUUACAAAUACACUUAGCAUCAACCGCUAGACCGGACAGGAUAUUUUGUGACGGGAAUAAUGUGCCACACGUCCACAAGUGGGCAGCAAAGCGUUAGGUGGAAGUGACGACAGCAUCUUUGAAAAGAAGUGGCGGCAGCAGGAAGUACAGUCUUGUCUGAAAAUGCGUUGAGUUUCAAAAGAUAAUUUAAUGCAACAUGGCGUUACUGGUACCUUACAGCAAAAUACCUGAACCGAAUACUGCAACCGUUUUAUUGGUUGAAAACGAGGAGAAGUUUCAGUCCAAACUAGCCGACGCCAUCGUGAAGCGGGAAAAAGACGUCAACGUGAACGUACGGCUGGCUUGCAGACUACCUCUCCCUGUCGAGAAUGGUGAGACUCGACCACGUGUGGACCUGGUGGUGUUUAUAGUGAACCUCCUGUUCGAGCGCAGUCUUCAGGUGGUGGAGAAUUCCCUCAAUCACCUGAGUUCAGAUUAUUUCCUCGGGAAGGUGUGCUUCAUGGUCACUGAUGCGCGAUGUGGUGCUCUGGCUCAGGAGCGUUUGCUCAGCGUGAAGAAACUAGCUGCGUCUCACCGCUGCCCUGUAAUCUGCGCUGAACACCAGACAGAGGAUGGCAUUAGCAUGGCAGCGUCGAGGCUCCUCACCAUCCUGAAGGUGUCGGCCGGUCAGUCUCCCUUGGCGACCACAGCGCUCUACCUGUCCACGCUGACCCGCUGCACCGUGCCCUCUGAGCUGGAUGAGGACUGACCUCUCACCUCUUUACCGUUCUCUGUGUCUUUUCAGACAUCCCUGCUGCGAUGCCUGCAGAGUCGAUAGUAAGAAUAGGGAAUUUGAGGAAAACCCAGACAAGGUUUACAUUUGAGGCUUUACAGUCAGACUUUUAAUGUGAUCUCAAAGGAGUUUGAGUAAAUAAAUUUGACUGGUCAUCUAAAAAUAUCCUCUGAGGUGCACGGUUAUAUCGGUGUACCUUUCGUAAGUGUGAGCGUACUGACUGUUGCUCUUCUGGUGAACAGAAUUAUCAGAUUGCCAACACAGGAAAGUGCAUCUGAUAAAUUUGGGUGAAAUGAGGCACCUUGGGGAGUAACUGACCCCUGGUACAGAGUAAAAAUUAGACUACAGUCAAAAACAAUAACCAGUGCCACCUGGAGGAAUUUAACUUGGUGCGAAAGCCGACGGUCAGUUUGUUGUAACGGACCCUGAGGUUGCUUUUUGUGCUUGGUUUCUAACAGUACACAACACUGACACGCCCAAAUUCCAUAAGGUCUAAUCUGUGUGUGGCGUGUUCGAGGAAUCUGAGGGAGCACUUUCACACAACUGAAACUGAAACCAACAAACUGUAAGCUGAAUUGUUCACCCAGUCACGGAACAGUGGAACAGAGCUGACGGGAACCUUCUCAAGACCCUGUGGAGUUGAAUCUUCACCUGACUGGAUCGGUGCCGUUAUUAAGGUGACGAAAGGCGUAAUGAAGAAAAGACACGUGCGCGAGUAAACUGUGUUUUACUGUAACUUCUACGUGAGUCAACAUUUUCAUGGGUGGUCGUAUCGUAUUUGGAUAAAGUCUGGAGAGAUGUCCUGAGCUGUAGUGGGUUUAAACUACAUCAUGGAAGAUCUUACAUGUUGCUCAGUUUUUUAGGAAUUUCUUUAUAUCAUUGUCUCAUCCCAAAGAGAGCUGGUUGCAAAUCCACUUUUAGCGUAAGUGUUUUUUUUUUUUUUUUUAAAUCUUGAUUUAUCAACAAGAAUUCGUAUUUAUUCACUGUUCAAUUUACAAGACUGAACAUUUUAGUCAUACUGUAGAUAACAGGCUUUCUCAAGUUUUGCAUUUUUAUUCAUCUAGCUUUUUGUUCCGUGUAUCUCUUACUAUCUGUACUGAAAUAUGAUCUGAAACGCCAUAUAUCUAUUCCAGUAUUGGGGAUGAUUAUUAUUAUUAUUAUUAUUAUUAUUAUUAUUAUUAUUGACUGUUGGGUAUCACAAAGGUAAAAGUAGACAUUGACUGAAGGUUAAAAAUAAAUGGCAGUCAACACAUUUCAUUUCACUUCACCUUACAGACAGCAGGUGGCACUGUGUGCAAAUAAAUACCUGUGGGUGGGGUGUAGAUCUGUAUAUUAUAGUAGCUGUAUGACUUCAUCAGUUCUUUAUUCUCUCACAGUGUCUCUCUGUUUCUGGAGUGUUCAUUAUUAAACCCUGAGCUCUUUCUGUCUCA